AUGAACCUAAGACAAGUCUUUGUGUCUGUACUGAUGUUUGGAGUAGCUGGUCUACUCCUCUUCAUGUAUCUGCAAGCUUGGAUGGAAGAACAACAUACAGAUUCUGGAGAAAAAUUGCAACAACAGAUAAUUAAUCAGGAUUUCACACUCCCACCUCCGGGGACGCCGAGGAGAGCAGCGUGGAGCAGGAGCACUCCUCCUGGCUUCAGUAAGCACGAGAUGGCGGUCUCAGGUGGCAGGCACUGGCGGGGCAAGGCUGACCCUUUUGGUGCGGUGACUGCCUCCUUGGUGAGCCAGCUGCCUGAACAGCAGAAGAUGAGCGAGUCACCUCUGAGCCAUUUCAGAGGAGUGUAUUUACCUCCUGCAUUGCCCCCUUUAAACAAGACGUUAGUCAAGGGUGGCAAGUGGAAGGAUGUGGAUAGAGCCCAGGAAAAGCGCAGGUCCUUCCUGCAUGACUUCUGUAAGAAAUACAACAGCAGAAAGAAGCUGCAAACCCACCUCGUGCACCUGGUGUCAAGAAUUUACGUGGAGGACAGGCACAAGGUCCUGUACUGCGAAGUGCCAAAAGCAGGCUGCUCCAAUUGGAAAAGGGUCCUCAUGGUGCUCAAUGGACUCGCCGCUUCAGCACACAACAUUUCUCAUGACGAUGUGCACUAUGGAAAGCAUCUAAGGAAACUGGACAGUUAUGACCUAAAAGGGAUAUACACACGCUUGAACACAUACACCAAGAUUAUAUUUGUACGUGAUCCUAUGGAAAGGCUGGUAUCUGCCUUCAGGGAUAAGUUUGAACAUCCAAACAGCUAUUACCAUCCAGUAUUUGGGAAGGCAAUAAUUAAGAAGUAUAGACAUAACGCAAAUGAAGAGGCAUUGAAAACAGGAUCGGGAGUUAAGUUCAAGGAGUUUAUCCAAUAUUUGCUAGAUUCCCAUCGCCCAGUAGGAAUGGACAUUCACUGGGAGCAAGUCAGUAAGCUCUGCUAUCCCUGCCUCAUCAACUAUGAUUUUAUAGGAAAGUUUGAAACCCUGGAAGAAGACACCAGUUACUUUUUGCAGCUGGUAGGUGCUCCAGCCGAGCUGAAGUUUCCUAAAUUCAAAGACAGACAUUCCUCUGAUGAGAGAACAAGUGCAGAAGUAGUGAGGCAAUACUUAAAGGAAUUGUCUAAGGAGGAGAGACAGCUGACCUACGACUUCUAUCACUUGGAUUACUUAAUGUUCAAUUAUACAUCACCAAUUGUAUAG